AUAAGCAGUAGUUCAAACACGUGUAAACAACGUAUCGACAUAUUAAUGUCAUAUUACUGUCUAAUUAUCUCAUUAUUGCGUGAUUUAUUGUUGUAGUCGGUGUGUUAUUAGCUGAACACUUACUCGGGGAUACUCUGCCAUUAGCUGAGAUUGUCGUUUUAACAAUCUGACUCAACCACUCGACUGGUUCAACCUGCUACACAGUAGGUAUUGAGGGAUUAGCCCUUCACCAGCUAACUAGCCCCAGUGCUAGCCAGUUAGCUGCUGCCUCGGGUCAGUGAGGGUUACGUCACCUGAACACGCAGCUGACAGUCUGACAGACAACAGGGAUGCGAGCUAGCAUGUCUGCUAACACAGCUCAGGACUGACCUGGAGAGAUGCUUCAGGAUCUGCUUCUUGAUGAGUCCAGCCAUGGUCGCACGAAUCCGAUUAUCCGAGCCGGUCGGCCGAGGUGUUUCUGAGCUAGCUGGCUAGCCUGCCCGCUAGCUUUUUCCCACUCGAGGUAUAAACACACAGCUCAAAUUCUCAUACCCGUGUCAGUCUUCAUUUUAACGGUGUUCCCGCUUCAUUCUCUGACAGUUGAUGCGGAAAAACAGCAUUUCAGAGGUCCGAGUGACAGCCGGGUUUUGUGGACAAUGCAUACCACGUUAGGCCAUGUCGUGCAGAGACACUGAUAAAGCUCCAAAAAACUGUCCCAGAUGAUCUCUGCAAUAUCAUACAGCGAACACCUGGACAGCGCGAGGCACGAUCAGCGUCUGUUGUCACGGCGUCAGGGCGGGGCGUCGUGAUGCGUUCAGGAUCCGCUGGGAAACCCCUGAACUUGAAGAUGAGGAUGGGGUAACUUGGACCCAUACAGAGCCUGAAUUUUAACAUGGGACAGCCCCCAUCCGCAUACCUCAACGCUAAAGAGCCCCGUGGAGAGACACGACGCGCUCACUGAUACGCUACUGGGCCGGUUAGUGGGACUGUACUGGAAACAUUCUCCAUCCACGACUGCAAAACACCAGCAGCUCUCACCCCUCACACACACACACACACCCCUACACACACUUCUCUCAGCGAGCUCCCAUUUACAAUGACUGCGAAAAACCGAAACAAGAACGGCUCGAGCGAGAAGAGCGCCGCCGCAUCCAUCCAAGAGGAUGCGUCGAAGAAAAGCCCGAAGAUCACCGGUAACGGGGUGAGUGGCCCCGGACCUCAGGAGCCAGGAUCAGGGAGCUGCCUCGGCCUUUUGGCGACCACUGUGUUCUACAUCGCGUUAUUGGGCGCUGCCGGGUUUGCUGCUUUUUAUUUACAGCAGGUUGUGGAGGAAAUCCGACAGACCAGCGCCAGACAUGAGGAGAGCGCACGGCAAAACGCAGAGCUGAGCGGAACAAUGGAGAGCGUCGUUCAACAGGUGGAGUCCCUGAGCAGCGUUGUGGACGGGCUGGAGUCAUCACUGGGCAUCACGCGGGUGGAGCUGGAGGGGGCAGUCAGCCGGAUGAAGAGGGGUGAAGUGGAGACGAGGAGGGUGGAGGAGGCCCUCCAGAGGCUCCAGAACAACCUACUGAAGGACCUUUCAGAUGGCAUCAACGAGGUGAAGGAGGCCCGAGAGAGGGACUUCUCCUCCCUGGAGAAGACUGUGGAGGAGCGUCUGGCUGAAGUGAGUCAGUCCAUCACGGUCAACGUGGCCGAGUUCACCGAAGCUCAGGGCAAAGCGCAGAGCCAGCUGGCUGAUCUCAAGGCCCGUCUGGGAGACAUGGAAGACCCUUUGCUCAUCAAACAGGAGCUGUCGGCCAUCGUCGAAGCCAUAGAUGAGAUCAAAACAGCCAAAGAGGCUGCCGAUGCCUCGGCUGACUCCUUUAGGGAGCAGAUAGGCACUGUGAGGUCAGAGCUCCAGACUCGUAACCAGGAAGUAGCCUCGCUGUCUCAGGAAGUGGAAUCAGUGAGGUCAGUGGUGCAAGACACUGUUGGGAAUCUGAGGCAGUCACUGUCUGCAGCAGAGGCCGACGUCCAGGCUCUGAAGGACAAAAGCGUGACACUGGAGAGUGGCGUGGAGCACGCGGCCGAUGCCGUUCGUAACGUGGAGGAGCAGGUGCAAGAAGCUGCUACUCAGGUCCAGAAAAGAACGGAAAACCUGGAGGCCAGAGUUAAAACAUCGGAGGAGAUCGAGGAUUCCCUGUCAGCGUCCGUGUCAGACAUCUCCACCAAAUUGGAAUCACUGUUCGCCAAGUACGAUACCCAUGAAAGCACUCUAGCCGCACAGGGCCAGGCCGUGGAGAAAGCCAAAUCUGGCGUGGAGCAGGACAUGGAGGUGCUGAAGAGCAGUUUGGGGGAGCUCCAGUCCAACAUGGCCUCUCUGGGCAGUGCCCAGACCAAGCUGUCUUCGAAGGACUCCAGCCUGGGUCAGCAGGUGGUGGUCUUGGAGAAGAGGCUCGCUGCUCUGGAGGACAGCAGCAGCGGCAGCAUAAAGCCAGAGCAGCUGCAGAGUUUAAGAAGCGUGGUAGCUGGUUUGGAAGACAAGGCGGCCAAGCUAGAAGGCCACGAUGAGGCCAUUGCUGCUCUUCAGAUAGCUCUGCAGGCGACCACGAAGACGCUGGAGGGCUUAUCCAAGGGCAAGGAGGGAAAGUAGGGAGUUUGAUUUGGCAACGUGACAUCAGGACACCAAAUCAUGACAAUAAUGAUUCCCAAAGACCACAACCCACGUCUCCCGUUUUCUUGAAGAAUCGUUUUUUCACAAACUUGACGGUCGAUGUCACGGUGCAUUUUAGUAGAAAAGUAGCCAAUGUGGGGAGUUAGGACGGGGGGGGGGGGCAGAGCUGUAGCCUGCUGCUGAUCUGUGAAUUCAAAUACACACUCAUUCUGCACUGUAGUUCCUUUUUUUCUCAUAAUGUUUUUUGUAUAAUUUUCAGUGCCACGGCUGGUUUUUUUUUUUAAACCAACCAAAUGCAAUAAUAAGCUCUUUUUGAGCGCUCCAUGUUUUUUAUUUACAAGAAUAAAAA